AUGACCCUGAAACUGGACUUCGUUCGUAAUGUCGACACCGAGUAUCCCGAUACUCUUGGAAAUGGCUGCACCGACGCCGCGCGCUUAAUAGGGGAUGGACCUGUGUUCGAUCGUCCGGCAUUCGUUUCGCUCGUGACCAGCUACAUAGUUCUGAGAAGUUCUGUAUUGACUGAGAAAUUUGAUCCUAAAGUGAUCACAAAUUCAAAGGUAACCUUAGCCUGGAUUCUCGGUGACCCGAUGAAGUGGACAACAUUUGUGAAGAACCGAGUCAUUGCAAUCAACAACAAUAUAGAUACUACAUGGUCUUACGUGAACACUAAAGAAAACCCCACGGAUCCAGCAUCGAGAGGAGUCACACCUGAAAAAUUAAAAGAACAUCAUGAUAAGAACAACAAGCGACAGCCGGGUGUGGGACGCUCGGCGUCGGGGAGUGUCGGGCGCUCGCACAGUACCGGCCGCGGCGUCUCGGCGGCCUGUCGUGUGCUCGAUCCCAUCCGCGGCACCGUGACGCGACCCGCCCCUCCGCCGCCCCGCGAGUGCAAACCCAAACAACAACCACGUGACUCAUCUUGCAAGGAUUUUGUGUACAUGUCCUCGCUGCCGGCGGGCGGCGCCGGGCCCUCGGUGCUGCAGGCGCUGCUGGAGCAGCCGGCCAGCCUGCGCGAGCUGCUGGCGCGCCCGGCCCGCCAGCCCUGGGCCCGCGUGCUGCCGGCCGAGCCGCCCGAGCUGCCCCACUCCGGUAUGUUUGUGUACAGUGUACAUGUCCUCGCUGCCGGCGGGCGGCGCCGGGCCCUCGGUGCUGUAGGCGCUGCUGGAGCAGCCGGCCAGCCUGCGCGAGCUGCUGGCGCGCCCGGCCCGCCAGCCCUGGGCCCGCGUGCUGCCGGCCGAGCCGCCCGAGCUGCCCCACUCCGGUAUGUUUGUGUACAGUGUACAUGUCCUCGCUGCCGGCGGGCGGCGCCGGGCCCUCGGUGCUGCAGGCGCUGCUGGAGCAGCCGGCCAGCCUGCGCGAGCUGCUGGCGCGCCCGGCCCGCCAGCCCUGGGCCCGCGUGCUGCCGGCCGAGCCGCCCGAGCUGCCCCACUCCGGUAUGUUUGUGUACAGUGUACAUGUCCUCGCUGCCGGCGGGCGGCGCCGGGCCCUCGGUGCUGCAGGCGCUGCUGGAGCAGCCGGCCAGCCUGCGCGAGCUGCUGGCGCGCCCGGCCCGCCAGCCCUGGGCCCGCGUGCUGCCGGCCGAGCCGCCCGAGCUGCCCCACUCCGGUAUGUUUGUGUACAGUGUACAUGUCCUCGCUGCCGGCGGGCGGCGCCGGGCCCUCGGUGCUGCAGGCGCUGCUGGAGCAGCCGGCCAGCCUGCGCGAGCUGCUGGCGCGCCCGGCCCGCCAGCCCUGGGCCCGCGUGCUGCCGGCCGAGCCGCCCGAGCUGCCCCACUCCGGUAUGUUUGUGUACAGUGUACAUGUCCUCGCUGCCGGCGGGCGGCGCCGGGCCCUCGGUGCUGCAGGCGCUGCUGGAGCAGCCGGCCAGCCUGCGCGAGCUGCUGGCGCGCCCGGCCCGCCAGCCCUGGGCCCGCGUGCUGCCGGCCGAGCCGCCCGAGCUGCCCCACUCCGGUAUGUUUGUGUACAGUGUACAUGUCCUCGCUGCCGGCGGGCGGCGCCGGGCCCUCGGUGCUGCAGGCGCUGCUGGAGCAGCCGGCCAGCCUGCGCGAGCUGCUGGCGCGCCCGGCCCGCCAGCCCUGGGCCCGCGUGCUGCCGGCCGAGCCGCCCGAGCUGCCCCACUCCGGUAUGUUUGUGUACAGUGUACAUGUCCUCGCUGCCGGCGGGCGGCGCCGGGCCCUCGGUGCUGUAGGCGCUGCUGGAGCAGCCGGCCAGCCUGCGCGAGCUGCUGGCGCGCCCGGCCCGCCAGCCCUGGGCCCGCUGUACAUGUCCUCGCUGCCGGCGGGCGGCGCCGGGCCCUCGGUGCUGCAGGCGCUGCUGGAGCAGCCGGCCAGCCUGCGCGAGCUGCUGGCGCGCCCGGCCCGCCAGCCCUGGGCCCGCGUGCUGCCGGCCGAGCCGCCCGAGCUGCCCCACUCCGUGUACAUGUCCUCGCUGCCGGCGGGCGGCGCCGGGCCCUCGGUGCUGCAGGCGCUGCUGGAGCAGCCGGCCAGCCUGCGCGAGCUGCUGGCGCGCCCGGCCCGCCAGCCCUGGGCCCGCGUGCUGCCGGCCGAGCCGCCCGAGCUGCCCCACUCCGGUAUGUUUGUGUACAGUGCGCUGCUGGAGCAGCCGGCCAGCCUGCGCGAGCUGCUGGCGCGCCCGGCCCGCCAGCCCUGGGCCCGCGUGCUGCCGGCCGAGCCGCCCGAGCUGCCCCACUCCGGUAUGUUUGUGUACAGUGUACAUGUCCUCGCUGCCGGCGGGCGGCGCCGGGCCCUCGGUGCUGCAGGCGCUGCUGGAGCAGCCGGCCAGCCUGCGCGAGCUGCUGGCGCGCCCGGCCCGCCAGCCCUGGGCCCGCGUGCUGCCGGCCGAGCCGCCCGAGCUGCCCCACUCCGGUAUGUUUGUGUACAGUGUACAUGUCCUCGCUGCCGGCGGGCGGCGCCGGGCCCUCGGUGCUGCAGGCGCUGCUGGAGCAGCCGGCCAGCCUGCGCGAGCUGCUGGCGCGCCCGGCCCGCCAGCCCUGGGCCCGCGUGCUGCCGGCCGAGCCGCCCGAGCUGCCCCACUCCGGUAUGUUUGUGUACAGUGUACAUGUCCUCGCUGCCGGCGGGCGGCGCCGGGCCCUCGGUGCUGCAGGCGCUGCUGGAGCAGCCGGCCAGCCUGCGCGAGCUGCUGGCGCGCCCGGCCCGCCAGCCCUGGGCCCGCGUGCUGCCGGCCGAGCCGCCCGAGCUGCCCCACUCCGGUAGCUAUCCAGAGGAAAAUGUAUCAGAAAACAAAGUUGGCGGACUACCCCCUGCAGUAUCUACAGACAUCAAUCAACACACUGUUUCAAUGGCUGACGAUAAUAUCGGGCCGACGAUUAAAAGAAGCAGCUCCCCUGCGGCCGCGUCGCCCGCGCCGCCGGCGGCCGACGUCAGCGGCGCGGUGACGCCCGCCGCCGCCGCCGCCGCCGCCGCCGACGCCGAGAUUAAACUUGAAGUGCCUGAAAUUAGUGAAAUGCCAGACUGCAAAACAUGGGAUUCGGCCACGCGCUUGAAAAUCUUGAAAAUGCUCCUGGAAGAAUCCGACGCCGCCGCCGGGGUAUCAUACGCUGUCCCCGGUAUUUCAACCGCUGUCUUCGGUACUUCAUCCGCCGUUUUCGGUUCUUCAUCAGCUGUCUUCGGUACUUCACACGCCGUCGCCGAAAAUUCACACGUCCCCGCCGAAACAUCAUACACCGCCGUUGAAAAUUUACACGCCCUCGCCAUGUCGUCUAACGGCGUCGUCGAAACUCUACAGGACGGCGUCGGACUUUCACCCGACGUCGCUGAAACUUCACACGAUGUCGCUGAAACUUCACACGAUGUCGCUGAAAGUUUACUCGUUGUCGCCGAAACAUCGCGCGCGGCCUAUGAAGCGUCAGACGCGGAACAGGAUGAGUGGGAUCAGUACCCCGUAGAGUCAGAAGUGAGUGAUCCCGAUGACCCAGAUUAUGAAGGAACGGACGGGGCCGACGAGACUGAAGUCAGCGAAGAGGACAUGCCGGGGCUCGCCAGGGUGACGGUUCAGACCGCGCUGCAGCCGCGCCGGCGCCGCCCGCCGCACGCGCUACACGCGCCGCGCCGCCGCCACCCAACUAAUACAUCGAGCACUACGCUGUCACUAGGUUUUAAGGAGAGGUUGCUGCGUUUGCUGCGUGCACGGUACAAAAAGAAUUUGAGUGUUCAAGAACUGGAGAGUCGCCUGGUCGGGGCCACGUACGAGAGGGAGGAGCUGCGCGCGGCCGACGUGGUCGCCGGGCACGUGCAGUUCGCCGUGAGCCGCGUGUUCGCGCCCGUGCCGUGCUCGCGCGCGCUGCGGGCCGCGCUGGCCGCCCCCGCCGCCGCCGCCCCCGCCGCCGCCCGCCUCGCCGCCGCCCUCAUGGCAGAUGAAAAAGCGCGUGAACUGUUCACCGGCGUGAGUUUCGCGGCCUGCCCGCCGGGCGAGGCGCCGCUCCACGAGUACGCUUUUACAGCCCCGUCGUCGGACUACCGUCCCGACUCGGACUCGGAGAUGGAGAGGGCGGCGCUCGUGCUGCACGAGAAGGCGGAGCUGGUGCGCGCGCGGCUGCGGGCGGCGGCGGGCGCGCGGGGGCGGCUGCUGGCCGCGCUGCAGCGCGUGGAGCGGCUGGCGGCGGGGCGGCCGGCGGGGCGGCCGGCGGGGCGGCCGGCGGGGCGGCCGGCGGGGCGGCCGGCGGGGCGGCUGGCCGGGCGGCCGGCGGGGCGGCUGGCCGGGCGGCCGCGCCGGCACGUGGCCCGCGCCAGGACGCUCGCCGAGUUCCUGCGGCUGGAGCGGCGGCUGCACCGGUCGCGCAGGCACUGCAAGGCGCUGAAAGCGAUAUACCGGGGUAUCAGCGAGCAGGUGCCCGCGGCGGCGUCGCCGGGGCUGACGCUGAGCGCGGUGGUGCGCGGCGCGCUGGCGCGCACGCUGGCGCCCGCCGCCGCCGCCGAGUUCUCGUUCGCCGGCAACCCGCGCCGCCACGCGCGCAAGCGCAGCUACAGCGCCACCAAGUGCUGCGCUAUCCUGCGAGGUGUGUACACAUCUGAUAUCACUCGGUAUUAUAAAGAAACGAUUUGGAUCUCUGAAACCGACAAUGCUGCAUUUCAACAAGGUGACGGGGACUUGGCUGGCGAAACAGGCGUACAAUGUGGCGCACCCGAGCAGUGGCGGCGACGGGCCCUAACCGGGCGCCUGACCGCUCGGCGGCGGCGGGCCCUGACCGGGCGCCUGACCGCUCGGCGGCGGCGGGCCCUGACCGGGCGCCUGACCGCUCGGCGGCGGCGGGCCCUGACCGGGCGCCUGACCGCUCGGCGGCGGCGGGCCCUGACCGGGCGCCUGACCGCUCGGCGGCGGCGGGCCCUGACCGGGCGCCUGACCGCUCGGCGGCGGCGGGCCCUGACCGGGCGCCUGACCGCUCGGCGGCGGCGGGCCCUGACCGGGCGCCUGACCGCUCGGCGGCGGCGGACUCCGCCCUGAGGCUGCUAAUAAAAGAGAACUCUAUAUUUGAUUUGUGAAGACAGUAAGAUUUAAUUUCAGUGCCAGUGUAGACCAUUGACAUAUCUAAGGACGGGCCUUUCGGGCACUAAGGAUGGUGCUAGUUCAGUGGUGUCACUCACGAAUUUGAGCCAAUCGUGCAGUCUAACGCGACUAGUUGCGACCAAUCACGCGCGUGAUGCGAACUCAUCAACUAAUUGGGUUGUGGCGUUAGACUGCACGAUUGGCUCGAAUUCGUGUGCGUGACACCGCUGUACUGGCCCCGUUCUUAUUGCCCGUAAGGCCCGUCCUUAGGUAUGUCAUUUUAAAGAAGACUGAUUGUUAUGAUUAACCUGCGAGAACUAGGCUGCCACACACCGACUAUCUCUUAUAGAUUCUAUGUUAAGUGACGAGUGCCGCGAGUGUCGCUGCAGACUCAAGUUAAGGCUACUUUAAGAUUACUGACUGGAUGUCUCUAACUUAAGACUUAAGAAGACUUCUUACCCGUCUCUGAAAUCUUUGUUAAAAAACAAUGUUGCACAAAGAAGUGUUCAAAUCUGCAUUUAUAUUUUUUCAUCACACUUUCUCGUAAACGGUGUUAUUUUAUGCCAGCAUACUAGGAUGGAAUUUUUUUAUUACGCCCAUGGGCAUAUU